CAUUACAUAUACAGAGCAACAACUCUAGCUCGUCUGGCGUGAAUGGUCCUGAUAGUGCGGUGGGAGAGACAACAGCAAUGGAUCCAGUUUUAAUGAUGUGUGUCAAAUGCCAGCAACGUCUGGGGAGAAUUAUCCAGAGAUCGUUCUCUGUACAAAAUCAAAGCGUGCUACAGAGAAACUACUAUCAAGUUCUUGGAGUCAAGAAAACAGCCACACCAAGAGAAAUAAAGGCAGCUUAUAUUGAGCUCUCCAAACAGUUACACCCUGAUACCAAUCUGAGUAUAAAGCAACCGCUGAACGAGCAGAAGGACCAGCACAAUUCCUUUGUGGAACUCAACCAAGCCUACGCCAUCCUCAGCAAGUCACUAUCCAGACGAGAGUAUGACUUCAGCCUAGAUAAUCCCGGUACGCAGACGGUCCGUGUCCAUGUGAGGCGAGCCGGCCAUGCCACGGCAGACGAUCCCUAUGACACGCAGCAGGGGCAACAGGACUGGUACCGUGAUAUGGGUGCUUUUCAUCAAGGUUCACACCAGUCCGCCUCAGAAAAUUACUAUGGCAUUAAAGGUGUUCGUCGUGUCAACAGUGUGUAUAUUGUGUAUGGCUGCCUGACUUUCCUGGUUGUUGGAGCGCUUGUGCAUUUCAUCAUCUUCAAGCAGAGUAGCGACUAUGUCAUCAGCAGGUUAGACGAGAAAGACCGAAGAAUAGCGGCCAUUUACAAUGAAGCAAAGGCCAGAGCAAUGCAAAAUGGGAACAAGAAGCAGAUGGAGCUGCUGAAAGCGAGGCAAGAGGAGUUCAGUCUCAAGCUGAAGCAGGAUCCCAGAUGAAGUGGCUCUGUCAUCUUCCAACCAAUGGCUGUGCGUCAGAGUAACCAGCCGAUGAUGAGGGUGAAGAAUAGAGGCUACAGAUGCUCAAUUGCCAUUGUUGCUGGUGCACAGCGUACCAGUUUAUACUGUCCAAUGCCACAUGCAUGGGAACCAGUGUACGCACAAACCUGGCCCUCUGUACACUGGCUUUUUUGACCAGGCUACAUGUACAAAGCAUUAUUCAUUUCAACCCACACUGAGUCCGUUGUUGGUAAUAAAAAGCACGCAUCCCUAUCCCCCAACAGAAUUGACUGAUUUCACUGCAUGAGAUGCCAUGGCUGAAGUUAUGAGCUGGAACUGAAAAACAAAAGAAAAUGUAGUACUUCAGUCUAAUUUGACAACCAGAAUUAGAAGCCAGCACUGCUAUUCCACAAUUCUCGUGGGCACGUCUAAUGGACAUGUUUCAUGCCCCUUCGACCAGUAUGGUGUUGUGAUUUGCCAAAUACACCCACGCGCCAAGCUGAAGAAUGUGCGUGUGAGUGUGAUGCCAACAGCAGCUGUGCUGUCUACUCGGGUUAGUCUCUAGGGGAGUGUGCCAGUAAGUGGUUGCCGUGUCUUGGCCAAUUUGUGCCUCCAUGUACAGUCAAACUUAGCAAACUGUCAAAUUACAUUGUAUUGUGGACCAGCAUUAACCCUCACUCCCUGUAGCAUUUCUUGCCGGGAGCCUUCCUGGGCCUUUCUAACAUCCACCAUCGCGCAGGAGCCCCGUGAUACCUUCUCUGUCCUUUCAUCGCCUGUGUGGCUCCAAACGUGUAUGGAAAAAAACAAUGACGACUUGGGCAGGAUCUUCUGUGAUGCCCUGGAAGGUCCUCCUAAAUCUCACGGUUGAGAUAUAUAUGUCUAACAGUAUACAUGUCCACCUUUCUCGUUCUUUAUCACAGUCUUUUGGCCUAUAUAUACCAAUUAAUUCUCAACUUGUUAAAUAUUGAUGCAGCUGUCACACAGGAACAAUACAUAAACACUAGCGAUAGAUACCAAAUAAAAAAGGUCUUCUUUUAAAAGAGUAGGGCAAAUGUAUAUUAGAGUCAAAACCUGACACCAACCAAGUGUGACGCUUCAAAAGCUGCGGCCACCCAUUCGAAAAGUUGACAGUAUGCACCAUGCCAAUUUUCACUUUGGCGCAACAUGAGUGAAGAAAUAGGAAAAAGAGAAACUCCCUAAAAUAUGAACUGAAUAACCUUUGUCUAACAGUGGAUUGCCAAUGUGUUGUCUAAUUGGCAGUUUGGUACUUCUCCAUUGUCACCAUAUGAUCUCUUGAAGACGCUGCUGUCUUAAGGCCGGUUCAUGCUUGUCGCAAAAACAAACACAUGCAAAAUUUUGAUGUCAGAUCAACAGUUUAACAUUUCAAAUCCAUCGAAAGUUUGCCACAAAGCUCUCGUGACGUCAAAUUCGCUUCGCUUUCACAUUCGCUCAUAGUAUGAACCAGCCUUUAAUCUAGGAGAACAAUGUAAGAUAAAGUGGAGGAACUAAGAACUUCAUAAAGUCUUGGAACUGUGACUAGCUAAUUCAGACCAGGAUCAGUUGCCUCCAGAAUCCACAGAUGUCUCUGCUCUAAACCGAUUACUGGCGAGCCAACUCAAAUCAAUACAGUGGUUUAUGUGAGAUUCGAAUUGGAAUUGUGUUUACAUGAUUUUUCAACUGGUCUGAAUGAAAAAUCCUAAAUCCUUACAAUACAAGCCUUAUAUGCUUGUAUUCACACGAUUCUGCUUGACGUGCACCUUAUGUCGUGUAGAUUUUUAUAACUCUCUUGGUUGUAAGCUUCAGACUAUUUCUUAUCUUCCAUUGCAUUUUACCGACUCACCAGCAUUUGUUUUAAUUCAGUUUGUUUUAUUGGGUUGGUCCCCUUAAUAAAAUUCUUCUGAAAAUA